AUGGUUCGCACAACUGUUGUGUCUGCUCCAGGGAAAGUUCUCAUCGCUGGUGGUUAUCUUGUUCUUGAUCCAGCAUACCCUGGCACAGUCGUGUCCACUUCCUCUCGCUUCUACACUGUUAUUCAAAGCCAGGAACUUUUAAGUAAGAACACGAUACGCGUGCGAUCACCGCAAUUUUUGGAGGCUACGUGGUCGUACUCGGUGCUCUUUGAACCAGCUGUUGCUGUGGAAGCAUCGCCAGAGAACUCCAGCAAAAAUAAAUUUGUUCACCUCGCACUGCAGAAAACCAUUGCGUUGGCCGUGGAACUGCGGGGUGCUGCACAAAUUCAGGAAGCAUUGACGCAUGGCUUUGACAUAGCCAUUGUCGGCGAUAAUGACUUUUAUUCUCAACGCGCGAAGUUAGAGUCCCUGGGCCUUCCCCGUACACUCGAUUCGCUUACUGAAAUAACACCCUUCUGCGCAACAGAAGUUCAUUUGUCUGAUGUCCAUAAGACUGGUCUCGGUUCUUCUGCCGCCCUGAUCACUUCCCUCACAUCUGCCAUCCUUGUUCAUCUUUCUGUGAUCUCCGAGUCAUCGCUUGCUGAGGAUGACAGCAGAGAUAGACGGCAGGCUCAUAACCUUGCCCAAUAUGUUCACUGUCUGGCUCAAGGGAAGGUUGGCAGCGGCUUCGAUGUCUCAGCUGCUGUCUUUGGUAGCCACCUUUACUCUCGGUUUGAUCCAGCAGUCAUCCAGGAUUUAAUGAGUGACGACGCAUUACCAUCACAACUGCCGUCUGUGCUAUCGCCGUCUAACGCAGCUUGGAACUACCGCAUCGAACCAUUCAAGCUCCCGCCCUUGACUCGGAUCGUGUUGGCCGACGUCGAUGCUGGCAGUGAUACCCCGUCGUUGGUAGGGAAGGUAUUGAAAUGGCGCAAAGAAAACAGCACAGAAGCUGAGGCAUUGUGGAAGAACCUUGACCAGCAAAAUCAGUCCUUGGCCCAAACCCUUCUCCACCUGGGAAAGCUCGCCGAAGACGACUACGAGAAUUACGCGAGUGCAGUGAAAUACAUUUGUUCUUUGCAGCCUGUACAACAAAUCCUCUACAGCCCGCUUCGGAGCAACCAAUCAUUGCAGCAUUCUAUGAAGCCCACCAUAUCUGCCAUCCGUGAGAAGAUGAGGGAGAUGGGCAAUCUUUCUGGAGUUCCAAUUGAGCCGAUUGAACAGACAACAUUAUUGGAUGCUUGCGCUUCACAAGCCGGUGUAAUUGGAGGUGGAGUUCCGGGCGCCGGGGGAUAUGACGCCAUCUGGCUUCUUGUCUGUGAUCCCCCAAGUUGCGCACCAGAUCAAAGCCCACUCGAACGCAUUGAACAUCUUUGGUCUCAUUACGAAAAGCUGGACGUUUCACCUCUAUCCGCUCAGGAAAGCACGGCAAAGGGUGUCAGAGUAGAGGCGCUGGAUGAUAUACCUGGGUUGAAGAAUGCUAUAUCUGUGUCUUGA